AAGGGGCUCACCAUUCAGUAGUCCAGGUGCCCUGAAAAAUCUUGGUGGAUCCUGGAUCUCUGGUAGAAGAGCCACCCACUGAUCGAAAGAAUGGGAGAUUCUACACACACUGCGAUGUUGCAAGAAAUCUGUCACUGGCAACUGGGUAGUCAGCGGUGUGACUAUCACUUUGAUUAAUCAGAAAAAUGACCCUUUGAUCAAGAAGAGUGGUGAUCGGAUUAAUCUUGAAUGUAAAGACUGGAAUGAAGUACAAUGGGUAACUCCACCGAGUGCAAAAAAGAACAUCGUUCGCAAUAGAGUUAGCAUCAAGUCAGCAGAGCCAAGACAUACUGGCCAAUACACAUGUGUUAAUCCCACUUCUUCUGAGAACCGGUCUCUUUACUUGUUUGUGGAAGACUCCAAGAAUUUGUUUGUGACUCCAUCAAUUCGGCAGAUGUUCAUUAGUGGAUAUGAAGGAGCUGAGGCAGUUAUACCUUGUCGAGUAACAUCUCCUACCAUUGAAGACCUCAGGCUGGAGAAAAGUAAGGGAGCCACCAUGCCCAAAAACCUAUCCUAUACAGCUGACAUCUACACUGGAAUAAGUAUCACAAAUCUGAAGAGGAGUUUUGAUGGGUAUUAUGUGUGCACUGCCAUAAAGAAUGGAACACUGAAGAAAUCAAAAGAUUUUAAAUUACAGAUAGUACCAGUCCCCAAAAGUCCACCAGAAAUCACUUUGGAAAUAAAUAAGGAAUUGCUGAAGAAAGGAGAGAAGUUUCAGAUGUCUUGUGUAAUAAAAAAUGUAAACCAUGAAGUAACUGUGAACUGGAACCAUCCACAAAGUACAGCAACCACCAAGAUGAAGUUGUCCAACAACUUUCCAAACCACUAUAAAGCCACAGAGAGAUUGACCAUUGAUUCAGUGAAUGUGAAUGACACUGGAAAUUUCACCUGCUUUGCCAAGAACCGGUUUGGCAUGUCAAACGCUACAGUGUUCCUACAGGUUGUAGCUGAAGGAUAUGUAAAAUUUUCAACUCCAGAGAACAAUACUUUUCAUGUAGAUAUUGGAGAAAAUCUUGUGUUAAAAGUGGAGUUUGAUGCUUACCCUGCUCCUGAUCAACAGUACUGGAUUCACAUGAAGGAGACAUUACUUAACACAUCAGACCACUACAUAAAAUCUGCUGAAAAUGGGAACAGAUACAUGAGUGAACUUCAUCUGGUCCGAGUAAAGGGAACAGAAGGUGGAACUUAUACAUUUUUUGCUUCAAAUUCUGAUUCCAGCUCAUCGGUUGCAUUUGAUGUAUACAUAAAUAGCAAACCACAGAUUCUUGUUCUUGAAGAAUAUGGGCAAAGUAAAAUUCGGUGUGUAGUUGCGGGAUACCCAGACCCAAAAAUAAAAUGGAUUCACUGUCCUGGACAGCAGAAACGGUGCUCAGAGGCAGCCACAGCACCAGCAGAAAGACACUGGACAAACAGGAUAAUAGGUCAGCCCCGUUUUGGAAGGGUUGAAGUGGAAAGCAUUCUUAACACCAAUGAACUGAAGAAUAACAUUACUGUAGAGUGUCUGGCAUACAACAGUGUUGGCAAGGAUCAAGUAACCUAUCAGAUAAAAGGAGAAAUAACAAAGACUCAUCAACUCUUUACUCCACUCUUAUCCCUGUUUGCUGCAGCAGCAGGCAUACUGUGUGUAAUUUUAGUAAUUCUGUUUUACAAAUAUCAACAGAAACCCAGGUACCAGAUACAGUGGAAGGUAGUUGAAGGAAUACAUGGAAAUAACUACACGUACAUCGACCCGACACAGUUACCUUAUGAUGAUAAGUGGGAAUUCCCCAGAGAUAAGCUGCGUUUUGGUAAAACACUUGGUGCUGGAGCCUUUGGGAAGGUUGUGGAGGCUGCAGCUUAUGGAUUGACUAAAGCUGACUCCAUUAUGACUGUUGCAGUAAAGAUGCUUAAACCAAGUGCGCACUCCACAGAGAAGGAAGCUCUGAUGUCGGAACUGAAAGUAUUGAGUCAUCUGGGGCAGCAUAUCAACAUUGUCAACCUGCUGGGAGCAUGCACUGUGGGAGGUCCAGUUCUGGUAAUCACUGAAUACUGUUGUUUUGGUGACCUUCUAAACUUUCUGAGAAGGAAACGAGACUCAUUUAUUUGGCCAGAAACUAAAGAACAGGAUCUGCAGAAGACACAAUAUAAGAAUAUUCCGAAUCUGAGGGAUCCAGACAACAAUAGUUCUGGAUCAUAUAUGGAAAUGAAACCAAGCAGAACAACAUCUCCUCAAACCACCCAGGACAAAAUCAGACUGCCAAGCAAGGAAUCAUACGGUGAUAAGGAAAACAACAAUGAGGACACUGAAGACUAUAACCUGGCCCUGGAGGUUGAAGAUCUUCUCAUCUUUUCCUAUCAGGUGGCAAAAGGAAUGAGCUUUCUCUCGUCUAAGAAUUGCAUUCACAGAGACCUGGCAGCAAGAAAUAUUCUUCUAACAAAUGGACGGAUUGCAAAAAUAUGUGAUUUUGGGCUGGCUAGAGACAUUAGGAAUGAUUCCAACUACGUGGUGAAAGGCAAUGCUCGUCUUCCUGUGAAAUGGAUGGCGCCAGAGAGUAUUUUUGACUGUGUCUACACCUUUGAGAGUGACGUCUGGUCUUAUGGUAUUUUGUUGUGGGAAAUUUUCUCAUUAGGGAGCAGCCCUUACCCUGGCAUUCCUGUGGACAGCAAGUACUACAAGAUGAUCAAGGAAGGUUACAGGAUGCUCAGUCCUGAACUUGCAUCUGCUGAGCUGUAUGAAGUCAUGAAAGCUUGCUGGGACUCUGACGCUUUAAGAAGACCUACGUUUGAACAAAUAGUGGAAAUGAUUGAAGAGCAGCUCUCAGACACCUCUAAACAUAAGUAUUCCAACCUGGAGUCAAAUUUCACCACUAGGCUUAAGUUGUCCAGCCACUCCUCGCGCCUUAAUUCAGCUGGCAGCAGCAAUGCAUCGGACCAACCGCUACUUGUGAAUGAUGACGUGUUCUUCGAAGAGGAAAACAAACGAAUGGGAAUUUGACAUUAAGCAAAGUCCAAAUUACACAUGUCCCGCUGAGACUAAUAUACAGAAAAAAAAUGACAAUGUAUAUUUUGCUAACACUUACACAUAAUUCAUGUUGGAAUCAUAAAUCUACUUGGAAACUACUAUACUGUAGCCCUCCGUGUCAAAGUUACAUGCAUCAGAGUGAUUGUUCAUUGCAAGACUGCUUGCAGGGUGCUUUACAGACAUGUUAUGCAGCCUGAUAUUAAAAAGAAAUGCCAUGUCUUUUUUUGUUUUGAACUAUAUGCAAUUAUGUUUAUCAUUUAUUUUGCUGCGACAAACACUUACAGCAAAUCAAGAUUCUGCUGAACUAGCUAAUUUACCCAGCAAAUAAAAAAUAAUCAGACUGAAAUUAUAAGAAGUGUGAAGGAACCAGCUUGCUCUUUAAGGGAGAUCUGCACCAGCGAUGGAAUGGAACCCAAAUGUCUCUUCCAGCCUUUCUUUUCUGCAUGAUAUACAACUCUUUUGCUGAGUUGAUUCCAGAUGCAAUAGUAGCAUCAUUUCAGCACUCAGUGUAACCAUGUGUGUGGGAAAAAAAGCAUGUGCCAAACUUCAGAAAUGGCUUUUAAUCCAUAUAAUAUUCAGAAGUAAUCUUCAUCAGUAUUUUUGUUCUGCAGAUGCAACCACAUGUAUAUAGCAUUGCUGUGAGUCCAACCUUCUUUUAGUUCAUUGAUAAUAUGCUGUUUUACUAAGCUGUCUAGAUCCAGCACUGCUGUGUGAAUAUAAUGUUCACACAACACAUCUAUUAAAAGGAAAGGCAAACAAGCUAAGUAAAUAGAAAUUAAGUACAUUGGUUAUUCUGUUACCUACUUACAGUCCUGCCUAGAUAAGCACAAGUUGACACACAGGAUAUCCCACACCAUCAAAACUUCAUAAUAAGCAUGUUUGCUGAUGUCCACAAAGGGUAUUUGUAUGAACAGCAGAAAUUGCAUUCUGAAGCACCUUUUAUCAACUUUUCUGAAGCUAGUGUUGCUAUGUUGACUGUCUUCCAUUAUGUUGUUAUUGGUUAGUGAAGUUAGCUUGAAUUCUAGUUAGCCAAACUUUUGUUUGGAAUCAGUUAUAAGUAAUUAAUUGGCUUGAUUUUUGUUUAUUCAGUAAGCUCUGUUGACUGUACAAAAAACUGUAACUAAAUUUCAAUAAGCUAAACUAAAUGCAAUAAUUGCUCAAAAGGAAAUUAACCAAAAUACUUGCAAGUAGUGAAAAACUAUGUUUGAAAAUAUUAAUGUCAUUGUAUUAUUUGUAUUUGUUUAAUGCAUUACUAAAUUCUAAAUAGUGCGUUUUAUUUACCCCUUGAGGUAAACUGCACCAUAGAGUUGUAAACAUUAGUCACAUGAAAGGUCAUUGCACUGAUGCCUGACAUACUUGAGUGUCAUAUUUCUAUUUUUGGAAGAAAAUAACAGUUAAUCGACAACCUGAUAAAAUGAGAUGUUAUCCAAAAUAAUAGAAAAGAUGUAAUCACUUUUGUUUCUUGCUAUUUAAAUAAGUGGAAGUAAAUGGACCUUGUAGAAUUCUCUAUCCAUGUCCACGGUACCAGUUCUUGGAUUAAAUAUGGUCAGUGUUUGGCAUCCUUAUUCCCUUGCACUUGCUUGAGAUGCAAGAGAAUUUUUGAUGGCAUGUUAAGUCUUAAUUAUUGCCUAGGAAACUGACCUGAAAAAUCGAAUAGAUGCUCUGGUUUUGUUUAGGAGUCUGUUUAAUGUUUAAAAUGCUAACUAAAAAUGCUUCCUGGUUUCUUUGUGAAAUUUUUUUUAAUGUCAUUGGCUGCUCAGCCAGCUUGUUGACAUCACUGGGCACCAGCACAUGUUGGAAAAAGGAAUCUUUCACCCUGUGGGAACUAGAUUUCCUUGAGGCAUGGUUUUCCUUCUCAGCUGGAUGUGCCAAUACUUUGUUGCCAAUGCCAAAUUCUAUAUCUUUAUUCUAAUCUUGAUACUUAUGGACGCAAGGGUAAAAUGUCAGUGAUGUUUAUAUUUACUGUUUAUUGGACCUUCUUCAAGUAGAAGUGAUGGUCGCCUACUUAAAAGAUGCAAGACCACAUGACAAUAAUGUUUGGAAAGCUGUGUUUUUGCUAUGUAUGUAGAUUAUUGUAAGUUGUACUUGUUGCAAGUAUGCAAGUUGUCAGUGUAACGAAGAAUAGCCCAGCAGUUUGGGCAUACUAAUGCCUGAAAUGUCCCAGAAAUAUAAACCAUGAGGCAACCCUGUUAUUGGUCCUCAGGCCUCAAUUCCACAUAGCCAGCCAAGUGCUGGUGGUUACCAGGCAAAGUUCGACCAAAAGUUGGUCAGUGUUUAUUUUUAUUGUCAUGUUACUGGAAUAUAGACAUUUUAUACAAGUUUCAUUUUAUUUUUUUUACAAUACGACAUUAAUUGGGUGGUGUACAAUGUUUAAAUUUUCAGACAGCCUAUGUUUCCAGAACAUAGUCAUAGUCCUUUUUUGUUGAACUUGUAUCCCAGAUCUGCUCCAUUAGAGUUUUUUAUUAUGUUAAUGAGACCUCAAUAUAUUGUAAGUCCAGGAAUUGUUUGUGAGGCAGUGAUCGUUAUUCUUUAUGCUUACACUUGAAAAUAAACUAUU